UUUUUAUAAUAUGAUGCAGAUUGUUGAAUAAAAACAUAACUAUACAUAAUUAUUUGAAAUUAAUACAAAAUACAUAGAUAAUUUACCAAUUCGAACGAACAGUCAGAAUAUAAAUACUUGAAUCACAUAUGGUUUUAAGGUAAAGGUCUCAAUCGGUGAGCUCUUCUGAAAGAUCUCAAUCGGUGAGCUCUUCUGAAAGGUCUCAAUCAAUGAGCUCUCCUGAAAGGUCUGAAUCAAUGGCAUCUUCAUCUUCUGAAUCUCGCAAUGUCCUCAAAAUACAUUAUAAAAAAAAAGUCGUAGGGGAAGUCGAUCUCUUCACGUACAGGAACUAUGAGGGUCUCGUAAAUGCUCUGUCUGAUAUGUUUGGAGGAGCAACAAUUAAGUAUGGCUAUGUAUCUAGUGAUCACUAUACGUUGACGUAUAUAGACAACGAUGAGGAUUGGAAGACGGUCGGAGACAUCCCUUGGCACGAUUUUCUGAGUACAGCUCAAAAAUUGAUCAUUAUGUGACCGGAUCCUUGAUCAGAAGUACCACCCGACAAUACAUGCUAACGAAACCCCAACCAACCACUUUACAACUCUUCAAAUGAAGUGAACCAUUAUCUAAAUAUUUUUGUAUUACAAAGUCAACUUAUAUAAUUUAUAUAAAUAAAAACUAUACUUUACCAACUAUUUAAACAAUACUCGUCUCUCUUAUUAUUAGUCAAAUGUGUAAUUAGUUAAUAUUAAUGAGGGAGAUGUGAGUUCAUUACUUAUAUAACCAUUCAAAAUCCGUUUUGGAGAUGUGAGUUCAUCUUGAACACAUCAACGAGCAGACAUGAUAGAAUCUCUCGUCUUGUUUUUGUUAUCUCACAUAAUAAACCUAGAGAGUGAGUGACCCCUUGGGAACAAAAAAAAAA